UUGUGUCGAAUGCUGCGCCAUAGCGCCAAGUAUACUGCACUUGUAAAGUCCCAACAUCGUUUCUGUGAGCACUCGGGACAUCAGACUCCGGCGAUGUUGCAAUGCGGGGCAUGAGCUGUCGAUUGCCGGAGUGGCAACUUCGACCUCUGCGCCAACAUCCUAAAUUUUGUGGCCCUCUAUUCCUAAGUAAAUUUAGCUUGUCACGCCAGAAAUCAUGUCGCCCUCAGCAACCACAUUGAGUACUGAAACAAAUGGCAAUGCCACAGUCGGAGCGCUUGGCAAAACCAAAAGCGGGAAGCCUCUCAAGAUAAGAUCUUACCCCAAAUUCGACUCGCUCGAAGAGGAACGGUUGUAUCGGCAGCAGCAUCUGGCAGCCGCAUAUAGGAUCUUCGCGGACAGAGGCUUUGACGAGGGUGUGGCUGGACAUAUCAGUGUUCGCGACCCAAUCCUCAAGGACCAUUUCUAUCUCAUUCUAGUGAAUGAGGAUGGGGAGGUAGUCGUCGGCGAUGAGCCUAUUAAUGCUGCAGCAUUCGCCAUCCAUUCCGAGAUCCAUAAAGCCAGACCGGAUGUCGAUGCCGCCUGUCAUGCGCAUUCCGUAUAUGGGAAAGCCUUCUCAGUAUUCGGUCGAGAGCUUGACAUGAUAACGCAAGACAGCCUGCGAUUCUACAAGAACCAUGCAGUUUAUCCGCAAUUUGGAGGCGUGGUGCUGGACCGGGAGGAAGGCAAAAGGAUUGCCUCACACCUGGGCGAUGGGAAAGCCAUCAUUCUCCAGAACCAUGGUUUGCUCACCGUCGGACAAACAGUGGACGCUGCGGCUUUCUGGUUUUUGUCUCUAGACAAGACGUGCCACGCUCAGCUCCUGGUCGAUGCUGCAGCACAAGGAAGUGGCCACAAGAAGACCUUCAUUGAUGACGAAGAAGCACAAUUCAGUUAUGCUCAAGUCGGAACUCCCGAGAAAGGCUGGCUUGCGUUCCAGCCAUAUUAUGACGAAAUCCUAGCCAAGACGAACGGUAGCUUCCUCAAGUAGUUAUUUGACGGGAUCGCUCAGGAGGCAGAUAUUGUUGCUGUUCUCAACUCAGAGCAACGGUGUAUUCGGCUUUCGGUCGGAUGGGUCGCGACAGACGACGGCUCUGGUAAACUGGAAAGAAGGGCAUUGUGCCAAUCCUCCGUAGCGAAUUUCGUGCUGGCAGUCGCUCUUGGUCUGCUAUGCUGUCUUAUGUGUAUCUCAG